AUGUCUUCCCUCACAAGAUCCGCUGCCAUCGCGGCCACCGCGCUCUCUUUGCUGCCCUUAUCUUCAGCACUUCCAAAGCCACAAACCACUGCUCCAGCUCAAGGAGACUACCUGGCUGCCUGCAUUGCAGCAAUCUCGUCAGACCAAACAGCCAUCUGCAAUCCCGAAUCCGUCGCCGCUAUUCAAUAUUGCGUCGUUUCAACAGCCCCACCUGAAUCUGUCGCGGCCGUGAUAGGUGCACUGGUCACGUACUGUGCCGAGCAGCGCGACCCAGCAAAAUACAACACUUCUUUUACAAACGGAGGAGUUCGGCGCAACUGGACAAGCAUCACAACCUCCUUCACAACCACUACUUCAGCAUCAGCUCAAUGGGUUGGAUGGUCAAACUAUAGCAUGACCACCACUACGCCACCAACAACGCCUUCUCCUUCGCAGUGGGCGGAUUGGUCGAGUACGACCACGCCGGCCUCGACUUCUGAGUGGAUUAAUUGGAGUAAUACCAGCCCCAGUAUGACGACCACCAGUCAGGCAGAAGAGACAUGGUCCGACUGGAUCUCCUCGACCAGCACCACAACCUCGGAGACAUGGUCUGACUGGACCACUUCGACUUCAAGCGUUCCCGUUGCUCCUGAGACCACCAGCUCCACGUGGGAAGACUGGAGUUCCACCACGCCGUCCGUCGCGCCCACCGAAGCCGCCUCGUCGACGUGGGCAGACUGGACCAGUAUGCCCACUCUCCCUUCGAUCCCAUCGAGCUCUACAGUUAUGAGCACCCCGACCAAGACAUGGACCUUUGGUGCGACGUCGUCUGUAUCGGUGGGCAUUUCAAGCAGCACACCAGUCGCACCAAUGGCAUCUACUUUUGCCGGCGCUGGGAACAAACUUGGAUCGCCUGCGGGUGCGCUUCUUGGUGUUUUGGUUGCUGCUUUUCUCAUGCUCUAG